AUGGAUUUACUCAACGAUGACAGCGCAGCACUAUUGCAGGAGGCCCUCGAUACCCUUGAUGAAGAUCCCGUGGAUGACUUGGACCCCCUUGAUCUGGAUUUAGACAACAGCGGAGCGAGCAUUUCUCUCGACGACCUCUUGGACAACACGUCUGAGCCACCAGAUCUCGACCCGCUCAGCUUGGUUGACGGCGAAGAAACCUAUGAUGGCCACAGUUCAUCUUCGACUGACCUCUUGGAGGAAAAAGUGACGGCCGUCCGAAAUGGAGAGAAUCCCCUAAUGACCUCAGUGUCAGACUUUACCAGCAUCCUCUCGCGAACCGGCAUCCAUGGACCUCGUCACCUGCAGACAUACAACCUCAAGCGCCGCGCGGUCAAAAUUGGCAGCGGAGGCCAAUUUACAGUGUACAAGGAAAUUCCAGGUCGAUUUUUCGGCAACGAAGGGCUAGUGAUCAAACGCGUCAAAGUGUUUCUGUCCCGCGAGGGCAGCGGCAGUUUUGCCUCCGGGUCCGACUAUCGUAACCGACUACGAUCUUUGGAGCUGGAAGUACUUGCUCUAUCCAACCCAUACCUCCGAAACCACCGCAAUAUUGCCAAACUCGUCGCCUGGGGCUACGAUUACCCUUAUCCUGAUACCCCAGUUCCGGUCUUAUUCGUGGAGGAGGCGCUCAUGACUCUGACCGACCUUCUCAAAAUUGACAACGAGAGGCUACUUGGGCCGCAACCACUAGAUGUUAAGUAUCAGCUGCUGCUGGAUGCAGUCUCGGGACUCGAGGCGCUGCAACGGUUGCAUAUUGUUCAUGGAGACGUCAAACCAGACAAUAUCUUGAUCUACAAAGAUACUGCAGGCAGUGAUAAUGUUCCGCUGUGUGCCAAGAUCAGCGACUUUGGGGUUUGCGUCGAUUUAGAGUCUCCGGAAGAUAAGCUCACUAUCGACAGCUAUUAUGGGACGGAGGAUUGGCGGGCGCCUGAAGCUAGCGAUUUGUCCCGGUGGGAGGGCGCUGCUUUUGACCCAGAAGUCAUGUUUCGGUUCGACUCCUACAGCUUGGGAUUGCUUAUCUUAUCAACCUUCAUCAAUCGUGGCGAACCAGUAAAAUUGAAAUCACCUGGGGAGGAGCCGAUCGAGGUUGCUCUAUUUAUGUUGAGAGAAGAUCCGUCCAUCACUGGUCCACUUCGCAUGCAACUCGGCAAAGCUCUGCGGCAGCUCCUGGCAACGGAUCCUUGGAAACGCAGCCUGGCAAGUCCCGAACUGCUCAAGUUCGAUAGUCCCGCAUUUGCGUCCUGGCUUGCAGUGGCACAGGAUACUCGCAAGGUCACUGCUAAUGUCGGCAUCAUUGAUCCGGCGCACAACCAGGGCCCCAGGUUUUGGUAUCGUCUGGAUCCCUCCCUUCUUGCAGAUCUUGAGCAGCAGUUUGCCGAGUCCCAGAGCGACCAAUCCUUGCGGCAUGCCGGUGACGUUCUGCUGGGUAUGGCCCAGUGCAUCACCGGAGCGAAGCCGUCGUAUCUCGAACGCCUGCUCACCUACAUCACCGAGGCUGCCCGGAGUGGCUAUUCGCCCGCUCGAGCAGUAUACGCGCAGGUCAUGCACGCCCAUGGCCAAAUGCCGGCUUUCGAUGAGCAGACACUAGAUAAAUGGCUGCUUCAGGCCGUAUCUGAGGGGUACUUCUUUGAGAGGCCCUCGUCUAGGGUCACGAAGGAGCAACUGCAAGCUGCAAGGCAAAAAUAUCGAGACGCAGGUGGCUUUUGUGCCGAUCCCUUCACACGAAAACCGACAAUCCUAGAUAUUGCCCACGAUAGGAACCGAGCAGAAGAGUGGCUUACAGCAGAUAAGAGGUUCGUUGAUAUUGAUGGCAAUACACUAUUACAUGUCGCAGCAGCACUGGGAUCCAUCGAUGUUGUUCAAUGGCUUGUUGAAAACUCCAAGAUGCCAGUGGACGUGCCGAAUGACAAUGGCGAAACACCGCUCUACAAGGCCUGUCAAGCUGGGCAGACAGACACGGUACACUAUCUUCUGGACCAUGGCGCAGCUGCCUCCAUCACGACUCGUAGAGACAAGCUGACCCCCUUGCACUGGCUAUUCAUGUUUCCCGAGUCCUCCACAAGCGCGAUUGCGACACGUUUCGUCAAGGAGGGAGGCGCCGACGUUAAUGCUUUGAUGGUUCCAGAGAGAACCGAGGAGGGUGCAUACGCAGCGCGAAGAAACUUCAUGGCCCAUUAUCCUUUCGAACUACCGAUGGGGGCACCAUUCCACUGGGCAGCCUUUGCUCGUAGUAUUCCAGCAAUGGAGGUUCUGUUGGAGCUCGGCGCCGACAUCAACGCCAUGUAUCAUAAGUCAGACACUGCAACAACUGCCCUGGGCCUUGCCAGUUGGUAUGGAGAUCUCGAGGUCAUACGAUUCCUUCUAUCCAAAGGAGCGAACGGCAAAGCAAAGGAUGCACGUGGAAGGAACAUGCUUCACCUGAUGACCUUCCAUCAACCAGAGUAUCAUGGUCCUUUACGACAGGCAUGGCAUUACUGGAUCCGACACGGUAGCUGGGAUACUCAUCUUCAGCAGAUGACCGAUCUGGUCGCAUCACUUACCCUGGCGGGCGUGAAUAUCGAGGACCGAGAUGAGGUUUACCCUCGAACUACGGCAGUUGUAAGAGCGGCAGAAGAUGGGGUCUGGAAUGGAGGUGCUUUGUGCGCCUUAAUAAACGCGGGUGCAGAUGUUGACGGCCCUCGCGGCACUUCCAAGGAUACUGUCCUCCAUCAAUGGGCCAGAAUCACAGGCCCGCGGCUUGCCUAUACGGACUCAUACCUCUACGUGCUGCAGGAAAUAGUAUCGGGGAUGGCAUGCCUGGACAUCCGCAAUGAUUAUGUUGAAGAGACCCCUCUUCACCUAUUAGUCACGAUCUACCAUUCCGAGGAAGAGUUCAGGUCCGCUUGUGAUAUAUUCUUUGCCCACGAUCCCCCGCCUGAUGUCAAUCUGGGCGAUCGGCAAGGGCUUACACCUUUACUGAUCGCCGCAGAUACAAACCAAAUAACGCAGGAUCCUGAACAACGUGCGACUUAUCUGAUCUCCAAGGGAGCCGAUGUCGGAGCCCGCACCAGAGAGAAUAAGGAUGUCUUCUGCCUUUUGGCCAAUAACAAGACUUUGAGCGACCAGCAGAGUCACGAUAUCAUUUGUCGCCUUUUAACGCAUAUGGCUACUCUCGAAGGAUGUAGUAUCGCGCAGGUGUACAAAAAGCACUACCUCCCGCAGCGCGGUGCUCUCCUCACCCUCGGCACGGCGGCGAUGGCGGGAAGAGUGAAAACCACCGCCCUCCUCCUUGAUGUCGGUCUAGACGAGGUCAUCAACAACGUGGUUAAUCCAAAAGACCCUGCUACGGUGCUAGACAAUACUAUUUCCUCAGCAGAACAAAGCCGACACAUGCAUCUCGAUCUUCUGGCCGCAUAUAGUCCAGGGGCACCACGAGCCCGGGCCCUCGCCUCCCAGACGGUGUAUGACCCGCGCCAGGGCCCGCCGGUGCGUGCUACUGAGGCUUACUGGGGGUUACCAGAAGUAUUGCAACUCUUACGCGGCCGUGGUGCGAAACGAGCCUGUGAGCUAGUGCCAUCCUCCCAUCCUUCCCAUGGGACCAUUGAUCAUCCAGACGUCUGGGAUAUCACCCAUAUGUACUGGGUUGGGUUCACACCGGAGACACAGAUAAACAGGGAACGCUGGGAAGUUGUCUAUCAGCUUUCGCGUCUCCCUUCGAUAGGCUGGCGAGAGACGGUCAUUGACAGCCUGAGAGACAUGUAUGAGUCGGACACGUGGUGGCCAGAUCUGGCCAUGCUCGAGGCUAGCAUUAACGUGAUCAAUAAGGGCGAGAAGAACCUCGCUUCCAACCCAGUACUGACGUUGCCCACUGCUCCUUCCGACACGCACACGGAAGUAAUGGACAUCGAACUACUUAUGCAGAUGCUUCGGAUGCUCGUCACAGUAAGACAUGGCGAAGACGAUGUUCAGAAAACUGAUGACAUUGGAGACACUUCCACAGCAAUGAGUAGAUGGGUCAAGAUCCGAGAGGGGCAAAAGUACGAUCGCAGUCCCACGUCCUCGGAGGCGCUAAUGAUACCCGAAGUGAAACUCGUUUGGGAGGGCACUGAGGGAACCGGGUUCCGCCUGGGCCCGAAGCGAGUACGUCAGGUUGAUUAG